ACGACCAGCUGGCGAGUUUCACGCAGAGUACGUGCGCGGCGGCUGCUCUCGGCCGCCGGCCAGGCUCGGUUCGUGGCCGCUGCUCCGCUGUGGCAGCCCGGUGAGGCGUCCGUUAGCAGCGGGGAGCUAACGGCCGGCUAACGGCGUUGAAUUGAAUGAAACUCUGCAGCUGCUGUUUGCGCCAAAAAAACGAGCCUAUCUGCGGGAUAGCCGCUAGUUUUCUAACGCACACGGUCAAUUGUUCCUUCUAUUUUAAAAUCGGAGCUUGCAGACAUGGAGACCGCUGCUCGAGAUUGCACAACAAACCAACCUUCAGCCAGACCAUCUUGAUCCAAAACAUCUACCGUAAUCCUCAGAACAGUGCACAGACAGCCGACGCUUCUCGCUGUGCCGUCAGCGAUGUGGAAAUGCAGGAGCACUACGACGAGUUCUUUGAGGAGGUGUUCACAGAGAUGGAGGAGAAGUACGGGGAGGUGGAGGAGAUGAACGUGUGUGACAACUUGGGCGACCACCUCGUCGGCAACGUCUACGUCAAGUUUCGGCGUGAGGAGGACGCAGAAAAAGCGGUCAUGGACCUGAACAACCGUUGGUUCAACGGCCAACCCAUCCACGCAGAGCUCUCCCCCGUCACUGACUUCAGGGAAGCUUGCUGCCGCCAGUACGAAAUGGGAGAGUGCACCAGAGGCGGCUUCUGCAACUUCAUGCACCUGAAACCAAUAUCGCGGGAACUCCGACGGGAGUUGUACGGCCGCCGCAGGAAAAGGCACCGCUCUCGCUCACGUUCCCGGGAACGACGCUCCCGCUCGAGGGACCGGCGGCGGGACCGCGAGAGGCGAAGGUCGAGGGACCGAGAGCGCUCUGGAAGAUUCUGAAAGAAGCCAAGACUGACCCGAUUGUUCUAUCACAACCCUCCCUCCCUUUACCUGAGCAGUGAUGACAGUUGUUUCUUUUUUUUUUUUGGUGAAUUGUUGGAAGUGUUUUUUCUUUUAUUCCCUUUUUUUAAGACAAGCUUGUGUCGCUUUCUCAAUAAAACAGAUUUGUAAUUCUGCA